AUUUCUUCGAAGUGAAAUGUCAAAAUAUUUCAUCACCCAAAGUGGGGAUUUCAAAGAUAGAUACUAAAGAUAUUUCAUAAUAAUACACAAUACUUUCGGUGUUUUGUAGUUCAAUAAAACCGUAUUACUCAUACUCAGUCAUUAGUGCAACAUGUAACAGACAAACUCGUAUACUGACUAGUGCACAAAUAGUACUGUAGUACAAAUUGUUUGUUCAGCUUGAGUUGAUAAUAUUAUUGUUGGUAUUACGUCACAAAAAUAAUCUGGCAAAGGCUCAAAGAGUGUUUGUGUAUCAGCUUUGUUUCCUACAUUCGUUGCGGACCGUUACCACGGUGCGUGACCUUGAACCUAGGUGAAGUGAAACAGCUGUUUAAGAGUUUUUCGCCGAGGAUUCCUGAACUGGAUUUUGAUUAACAUGGACUCUUUCUUCAGCCUCUUUGACCCCUCGGAUGGCGGCCAGCAUAAACAGAACAAGAAGACCAGACAUAAAAACGACCAGGAGAAUGUAAGGAAGAAUCCAGACGCACCCAAAGGUCGUCGGAGAGGUCGCCGCUCGCACGGUAAGAACGAGACGUUGCCCGAGGAGUCCUCCUUCCUUUGCGAGCCCGACCUCAGUAGCGAGAUACUGGUGAAGGACUGCAGUUACAUCGAGAACUUCUUCGAAGUCAACCGUCAAGAUGAAGACACAAAAACGGACGGCGACAAGAAACCGCGCAGAAGGAAUUCGGGGCGCAAAAGCAGACGGAAAAAGAACAAAAUAUCGCCAGCCAAAGACAUGCUACCAAACGCAGCGUGGCAUGAGACCGUAGACCUGCCAGAGACUCUGAACAAUCAAUCGGCUAUACCCAAAAUAUGCGGUGAAAAAAUCGGCAAGAACGUCAACGAUUUGAAAGCCGAUGAGGAUUACAAAAAAUCCAAAAGGAAAGAUAACGUAGAUAGCAAUGGGAAAGAUAAAAAAGAUGCGUUCGCCGACCGGGUGUACAAUGUUAUAGAUAAAUUGGAGAAAGUCGGUAUAAAGGACGACAUGUAUCUGGCUGGGGAUUUCAAUGCUGAGGAUCUGGAGAGUGACUUCUUUUACAGUUCCGAUGAUAUGGACGAGUUUUGCGAUGAUACGACAUCCGAUGCGGAGGACUCUGGCGACGAAUGCUACGGCAGCCUGCCUCCAGAGCCGAGGUUCGGGAAUGUGGAGUACAAAUUGCAGCUGGUUUCUCCGUGCGAGAGGAGGUUCCAGCAUCUCGUGACUCAGCUGAAAUGGCGUCUUCGCUCGGGAGGGGGUAGUGCUGUGUACGUGGUAGGGGUGCGUGACUGCGGGGCCCUGCGAGGCCUGCGUGCCGGGCCCCUGAGGGCCUCGUUACGUUCCCUGCGGAGCAUGGCCAACGCGAUAGGCGCCGUGCUCGCCAGCGCACGUGCGCGUCGCGUCGCGCCCAACAGGGCCGUCGCGGAAGUGUACAUUAGAAAGUUGGCAGACACCCAGCAGAGCGUGGAGCUGAGGGUGGCGGUGAUGGGAGCCAAUGAAGCUGGCAAGUCGACCCUUAUCGGCGUUUUGACGCAAGGUGAACUCGACAACGGCCGUGGCAGCGCCCGGCUGAACAUGUUCAGACAUUUGCACGAGGUGAAGAGCGGUCGCACGUCUUCGCUGAGCCACGAGAUACUGGGGUUCGAUGCCCAGGGUAACGUGGUGAACUACGGCUGCUCCGAGCUGAUGACGGCGGAGAGGAUCGGCGAGCGGAGCGCCAAGCUGGUCUCUUUCCUCGACCUGGCCGGCCACAGCAAGUACCAGCGCACCACGCUACACGGGCUCACCGGCUACUCGCCGCACUACGCCAUGCUCGUGAUCUCAGCCACGGCGGGCAUCACGCGCAUAACGGAAGAGCACAUCGGACUCCUGCUGGCGCUGGACAUGCCGCUGUUCGCGGUGCUCAACAAGUGCGAGCUGGCGCCCGGCGCCGUGGGCCCGCUGUUGGUGCGCCUGGCGCGCCUGCUGGAGCCCGCCAACAAGAAACCUAUACUAAUAACGGAUGAGAAUUUAGCGCGAAACUGUGUCGCGCCACAGAAGUCAAUUCUAGAUGCCAUAGACAACACCACGGACGCGGCAAAAGAAGACGACUCGCAAGCGGAGCUGGUACCCGUGUUCCCAGUGAGCUGCGUGCGCGGCGCCGGCCUCAAUGCGUUGCACGCGUAUUUGCUCGCCCUGCAACCGCCGGGUGACAGCGUGCAGCACAAGCCGGAGGAUGAGACAUGUGAAUUUCAAAUCGACGAGAUCUUCCACGUGGGGGACUCGACGGGCCCCGUGGUGGGGGGGCUGCUGGCGCGGGGACAGCUGCGGGAGGGGGACAACCUUAUUAUAGGGCCUCUGGACACGGGGGAGUUCGUGGAGAUAUCCGUGAAGAGUAUAUACAGGAACCGCGUGCCGUGUGGCUGCGUGCGGGCAGGCCAGAGCGCGUCUCUGGGCCUCAGCCACCGCCCGCCCAGCCUGCGCCAGGGGAUGGUGCUACUCGCCAUCCCGGAGCAGUACCGGCGCGGCGGGUACCGGAAGCCCACGUUUGGGGGAUGUGCGCCUGGACGCUGCAAAGGGAAACAGAUGAUCAAAACGGUGCAAUCGUCUCAGAACGUCGAAAAGAAUCGCAAAAACGCGCGCAGACAGCACAAAAACAUACUACAGGACAUAGCCAACGUACAGAAUAACAUAACGAAGACCAUAGACAACAGGAACAAAGACGUAACUACCAACAUUCAAAAGAUAAUAAUAGACAAGGGCGCUAAAGAUGUUGCCAACAUAGAAAUACUAAUAACGGACAAAGAUACAAAAGAAAUAUGUGCAGCUAGCUUACGGAACAGCCUUGCAAGGACAAUGGACAGAGAUGCUGGCAACCUAGAAAAACUGACCAUAGACAAGGAUCCUCAAAAUAUAGCCAACAUAGAGAAACUAAUGAUAGACAAGAAUCCUCUAGAUAUAGUGGGAGCACAAAACAGUUUAACGAAGACCAUAGACAAAACCUCCAAAAUAUAUAUAUCAGAAUCUGAUGAUGAUGUUAAAUAUACAAAGGAUGUGAUAGGCUGUGAUAAUGCAGUGGAAGAACGUGAUGACCUCUGUGUUUGUGAUGACGUUGUGAUGUUGGAAGACCCUAAUGAUCCGAGGGGGUGUAUUUAUUUUCAAGCGUCCGUUCACGUGCUGCGACACUCCACCGCCAUCUACCCCGGCUUCCAGUGCUCCGUGCACGUGGGGAAUGUGCGGCAGACGGCAAUUAUUGAGGGCAUCAUGGCGCCCAACAGCGUGCUCCGUGCUGGGCAGGCGGCGCCGGUUGUGUUCCGCUUCGCGCGCUGCCCCGAGUACCUGGUGCGCGGCCGCCGGCUUCUGUUCACGGCCGGCCUCGGCACGCGAGCCAUCGGACGUGUCACGCAGACGUUUCCAUACGUCCCUUGAAGAUAAAUAAAUCGCAGCAUUUUGGAACUACAAAAACUUAUUCAAUUUUCAUAAAUACGUAGCAAUUUAUACAGAUUUUACUAUUUAAGUGUAGUUGUUCAUAGUGAGUCAACUCAGACGCUCUACAGUAGGGGUUUGUGUAGCUAGAGCAGUACGGGUUCUCUUUGCUUGCGCGCCCUUACAUCCAAUGAGUAUACAAACAAGUGGAUUUAUUAUAUUCCUUGGGACUGAGCUCCUAUGCCUCAGGUUGAUGGACACAGGGUUGCACGUACCUUGCAUGCCCUACGAAGUGUUACUCUGUUUAUAGGUGUUGCCACUUACCAUCAGGUGGGCCAUCCUGCUUGGUCCGUCAAAUUAUAUUAAAAAAAACCUCAUUAUUUAGAAUAGAAUCAAAGGUAUGUCUAUAGGUAGCUUUUCUACCGUUGAUUUGAAACUGUAUUCCAUAACAAAAAGAUACUGGAAGAACUUUUUAUAACUUGAAUUUUUUUCAGUAACGUUCAGUAAUCACACGAUCGUUUAUAUUUAACUUUAAGAAACUAAUUAUGGUAUUAGUGCAAUGGAUAAUGAACAAAAAAAGAGUAUUUUUAUUUAACAAAAAUUUCAUCCUUUAAAUAGUUUUAACAAGUUUGUAAUAAAAAUUGAAAAAAAAAUGACUUCUAUUUUACAAAAAAUAACAAAAGUUUCGUGUGCAAAAGUACAAGCUUACUUAGAAGUAAGGAGUAUUAUGAGUAAUACCAAAUAAAUUAUACAAUGAUAUCAUUUAUUUGUGAUAAUUAAUUAAGUACAUAAUUUUACAUCAAAUUUCGCCAUUUCCGGUGUACGAACAUUUUACAUAUAGAAAAAUCUUAUGCAUACUUUUGUGUGAAGCGUGUUUUCAAAAUAAUAAAACAUGCAAAAAAAAAAAAUUUUGAUUGUUUUUCUCUAUUUUAACAAUCUUACACUAAAUAACUAGCGAAAACUUGCAUGUUUAUAAAGGCCAACGAUUUAGUGACUCAGGUUUUCAAGUUUUUUGGCACUUAAGAACAGGUUCUCAAGUUAUUAUGUAGAACACAAGUUCUUUUAGCUCGAUAUCGUUUAAAACAAUUUACGCUUGACCACGAUCUCGUUUGUUGGUAAGUGAAAAUGUUAUUUGAAAAUAACUUAAAAUUAAGUUAAAAUUAACUAACACUAUGCUUAAGAAUUUAACAUAAUAUGUGUUUUAAUUUAUAAUAAUUAUUUAUUAUUGUGAAUGAAAACAGCUUUAGCCAUUAUUUUGUCGGUGUUUGGUCGACUAGAAUCAAAACAGAUUUGGGUACCAAUUAUGUCGGUGUAUUGCCAACUAGUUUCACGUUUCAAUUGUCUAAAUCACAUAUUUAUGUCUAUAAAAUAACUAUUUUAACAAAAAAAACGGAAAAUACACAGACAUCACGUAAGGGAUUUAGAGCUGAUUUUCGUGGACGCUGCUUGCACCAAUUAAUGACCGUUGUUCAAGCCGCAAAGGUACAAUCAGUGACCGAGCGGAACGACUAUAUGUAUACAAUUAUUGACCGUCCCAAUUGGGAUUAUAAACUUAUUUUCCCCUGCGAAGGCUCAUUGGGUGAAUGUCACAUGAUUAGAAGUACAAAUAAAGAUACUUAUUUGAUACCAAACAUAUAAAUAAAACUGCUCAUAUUCGCACGUUAGCUGUUGAAGUCCGCUGAUGUAGCAGUACCUAGUACCUUAGUUAACACGUAAUAACGUCAGACUAAAAUUAUUCUUACAUACAUAGUUUUAAAACUCAAAUUACCACAACUACUGUUACGGCUUUUAGCGGAACUUUUGGAAAAUUCAAAUAACAGUAGUAAAUAAUUUGUGAUUUAAAAAUGAGUGACAUUAGGUCCAUUUAGCAUUGAUGGUGUAAUGUUUUUAUACACAAAACUUUCCUCGCUCACACUCAUUGUCGAGACCAUAAGUUCUGAACCUUUUAUGGAAUAACAUUUCCAAAAAAAAAAAAAAAAAAACUAUUCUCUUUGACUUACAAAUUUACACAGAAACCUAACUGAAUUAUUAAUGUAUAUAGUCUACAUAUUGCAUCAAUCUAUUUAAAAUAAUUAAAUGUAUGUUUCGACUAAAAAACUUAUAGUAAUUAUUGUGAAAUGAAAAUGAUACUAAUAAUAGUAAAAUCUAUUUGGAAUUUUGUGAGCACAUUUAUAGCUAAAUAUAAUAAAAUUAGAUACAACCGAA